AUGCCCCUCCCAGCAAGCCACACAAAACACCUCCCCGUCAUCCACCAUCCUCUCCCCAACCGCCUCUCCAUCGAGCUUCCCAUCAGGCAGAUCAGCUCAGACUCGAGCUCGGCGUCUGGCUCGACAGGGACGACGGGCACGACGCUCUGGUUAUCCGCCCAGGUCCUCUCGGCGUACUUGUCGUCUCUCCCUGCGCCGUCGGGUGGGAAAUCAGUAAAGGUGCUGGAACUGGGAGGCGGGACCGGGUUUACGGCGCUGGUAUUGGCGUCUCUGGGAUAUGAGGUGGUUUCGACGGAUAUCGAGCCUGUGCUAUCGUCCGUCCUCGGACCGAAUAUCGACUCGGGCAAACGAGUCUUGCUGGGUAACACCCUCCCCGCCAACAUCUCCCCCCGUUUCCUCGACUGGACCCAUGUGGACAGCCUGUUCAAAAGCCACGAAGACGCGCCAGACGACGAAUGGUUGAAACCAAAAGGCGGCUGGGAUAUGUUGGUCAUGACCGAUACAUUCUACGCCUCCCACCUCAUCGAACCCUUAUGGAACACCCUCAUCUACCUAUCCACCCCCCUAUCAUCCACCACCACCACCACAAGCAAGUUCCCACCGAUAUACAUAGCCCUCGAAUCCCGCGACCCCAUCCUCAUCGCCCGCGCUCUAGAAACAGGCAAAGCGAAAGGGUUCGAGUUGAAAAAGGUAGGGAAGAGGGUUGGGAAAGAGGUGGAGAGGUGGGGCUGGGGGAAGGAUGAUUGGGAAGGGGUGCAAGUUUGGAAGGGGCGGUACAAGGGGUGUUAG